UCUUUAGCUUUUAAUCUUUUUAUUUUCACGCAAUUAUUAUAAAUCUUCAAACACAAUCAUAGAUCUUGAUUUUUCAUACGUAAAACCCUAAAAUUUUCCCCAUUUGAUCGGUUCUUCCAAUUGAUUUCGACAAGGUACAAGUAUUGAGGUUUGAUGAAGUGAUGGUGAGCUGGAAUAGUCUUUCUUGCAUUGAUUGUUGGCUUUUCAAGUCUUGAUCGUGUUUUUUUCGAUACUUUGGGGGAAGCAUGAACAUUGUAAAGGGUGUCGCGGGCCUUAUCCGAAGGAGUUCGGGUAGCCAUGGUGGAGAAUCGAGUUCUGGUUCACCACUCGAGAGGUUCUCCCCACCUACUCCACUCAUCCACUUCAGUGAGGUCGGGGAUGAGGCAAUUCUGAAUACUCUCUGGUCAAGAUACGAGAAUGCCCCUGAUAAGGUUGAAAAGAGAAGGUUAUUUCAUAUCUUUUUGAAACAAUUCCUAAUUGUGUAUCGUGAUUGGGAACCAAUUAACCCUCUUCAAUCUCCCGAGGAUCCCGCCUUUGUGCAGCCCGUAGAUUCACAGCAUUUUGGAGAUGUUGUGGUUGGCUGCUCAUUUGGUCAUCCUACUGAAAUUAUAGCCCUCCUCGUUGAGGAAGUUGCACAAAUGAUAGCACUUGUUAAUGAACACCUAUCAAGAAAUUCGUCUACAAUAACAUCUGAAGGGCUGCCUGUCUUGGAUGCUUUGACUGUUAUUACUCGGUCAGUGCACAAUUGCAGAGUUCUUGGCUACUAUGGUGGUAUUCAGAAGCUUACAGCAUUAAUGAAGGCUGCUGUUGUUCAACUGAAGGCUAUUGCUAGUGCUCUUUCGGCCGACGAAGCUUUGUCAAACCCUGUUGCAGAGAAGACAACAAUUCUCCAAAACAUUCUUUUAUAUGUGGUGUUUGUAAUUGGUAGCUUUAUUAACUUGCAUUUCAGCAAAUCCGAAAAGGCUUGGUUGAAUUGGGGUUACAUGGAGAUUUUUGGGCCUAGAAGUGUUGAAAUACGAGAUGUCGUUACUGGUGUAGAUGCGUCUGAUUCUGAAACAAUGAUAAUGUGGCGUCAAAAGGCAAUUGUCUCUGUAAUGGAAGCUGGUGGUCUCAACUGGUUAUUAGGUAAGGUAGGCAGUCCCAAUUUUCUUUUCUAGCACUGAACCUCUUUAAAUGUGUAGUUAUUUUGAUACGGAGGAUAUAAUGGUCCUAGAUUCUUUCAGAAU